AUGCUGUGGUUUCACCUCCUCAUGAUGGCGGUGAUGUCGGCCAACGCGGCCAUCAUCACCUUGAUCAAAGACGAGCCAGCCCGCCGCGUGUUUCCCAUCCGCCAUCCCAUGGAGGUGGGGGACACGCUCGCGACGCUCAAUGAGGGUCUGGGACCCCGCGACCCUCUCGCUCCCCACUUCACGGCCACGGUGGAAGGUCCCGUUGCUGCCUCGGUCGGCGUCCCGGAAACUCUCACGGCUUGCGACGACGCCCUUGCUCCGCACUUCACCGCGGCGGUGGACGGCCCCGUCGCCGUGCCGCAGACCCUCGCGGCCCGCGAUGCCCUCCCCCUGAUGCCGCAUUUCACCGCCACCGUCUCCAACAGCCCCGUGACGACCAACAUCCUGGACGCCACCACCUUCGUCACGGGCACGCGCAUCAGCAUCGCAGUGAGCGCCAGCAUCACGUCCGCCAGCAUCACGUCCGCCGAGAUCACGUCCGCCGAGAUCACGUCCGCCGCCGUCGCCGCUGCGACCUCCGGAAAGCACCUCCCCAGCUUCAUGGAGAUGUACGAGCACGCCAGGGCCGCCCUUCUCCGAGGCGACCACCCCGGUGCGCCCGAGGGGGAGCUGCACGAAUUCCGCCUGCCGACCGCGCCGCACAACUUGGACCUUUCGCCCUCGAGCACGCUGCGCACGGCGACGGCGGGUGCUUCGGGUGGGGAUGAGACCUCUGGGACGGCGGUGGGGAGGAAUUUUUGGGUGGGGCCCGUGGUCGCGAGGGCCGCGGAGGAGGGAGGAGGAGAGGGAAAUGGAAGUGGAGGCGGCGCGGUAGAGGCCACGAUGACGAUGACGAUGACGAUGGCGACGACGGUGAGCGGCACCUCCGCGAAGGCGGCUGCGGCGCCGGAGAUGACGAGGCAGCAUGGUCGGUUCGGGCGUUGGGGUACGGGGGAUCUGGAUGAGAAUGGGGAUGAGAUUGAGGAGUGA